AUGGGCAAGCUGAAGUCGACUGAGGUCUUGCCAUGGCAGCUCGCGUCCUCUACAGGCGUGACCGCUCCUCAGGUGCUGGUAGAGGUGCAUGCGGCUGGUGUGAACCCAACGGACUGGAAGCAACGGAAGGGAACUCUUUCGCAGAUCUUUCCUCUCACCCUCCCCUGCAUCCUGGGCAUCGAUUUCAGUGGCAGGGUAGUGCGUGCUGGGGAGGAUGCUUCUUUCUCCGAGGGAGACGAGGUGUUUGGGCGGCAGACCCUCCACCGUAUGACGGAGCUCAAUGGCAGCUAUGCUGAGUACUGCAUCGUAGAUAGUCAGGACAUCUUCCACAAGCCAGAGAACCUGAGCCACAAGGAGGCUGCCGGGGUGCCGCACGCUUGCCUAGCUGCGUACGCGUGUCUAGCACGAAUCGGAAAGCUGCUGGAGAAGAGGACAGCGAUCGACAAGGCUGUCUUCAUCCUCGGAGGCAGCGGAGGCGUCGGGACGUUCGCGGUCCAGCUCGCGAAGCAUCACUUCGGGUGUUACGUCAUCGCAAGCUCCUCCUCCAAGAAUGCCGAGCUGCUGCGAUCGCUGGGAGCUGACGAGGUGCUGGACUACGAGGACCCCGCAUUCCUCAAGAGUAUGGGGUACACCAAGGUCGAUGCGAUUGUGGAUUGUGUGGGAGGAGACGACUACUGGGUGGCGUUCAAGCCGAGCCUCAAGGCGGAUGGAGUCUACGUGACGCUGAUUCAGGCGGAUUAUUUCAUGCGGCAAAUCUCCAACAGGAUAGGAGCUGCACAGAACUACCACAUCCUGACCGGAUCGCAGCUGCAGAGCAGCGACCUGAAGAUCAUCGCGAGCCUGUUGGAGGAGGGGACGCUCAAGGUGGUCCAAGAGAAAAGCUUCUCCCUCUAUGACAUCGCGCUUGCGCAUGAGCUGUCGGAGACUCGCCAUGCAGUCGGGAAGAUUGUGAUCGAGAUC